AUGCGGAGACACUGGCCCGCGGCCGCCCAGCCCGCCGCACGGCGUCCCUCGCCCCGCUCUGUGGCACCGGCUCCGCCGAGCGUCGCGGGGCUGUCAGCAGGAGCCGCGCGGGCAUUUUCCACGUGGGAGGCAGGAAAUAAACAUGAAAUCGAGCAUCAGGUUGCGGGGCGUGGAACAACCGGUGAAAAAAAAAAAAGAUUAAAAAAAAACUACAAAAGUGGAUCGCGGCAGGUCUGGGCUGCUAUCCGGACCGAAACCUGUCGGGCGCGCUCUGUCUCGCCUGACCGCGGCUUUCCGCGGCGCGGGACAGGGAGCAUCCGCACCCCUGCCCCGGCUGCUGAGGAGAUUUUCCCGGCCGCUGCCGGCGGGGACGCGAGGCUGAACGAGGGGAAACAGCCUCAGGCUUGCGGACAGCGGGGGAUACACCAGGGAGAGGGAAUAACGUCCUGCGGAGGCCCGGGCGGCAGCGGAGCGCUGCAGGGCGCUCGGCGACAGGGUGGGCCAGAAGAUUACUUUGGAGCUCAUGUAAGUGACACUCCAAGGAUUGGCCAGCAGCAGGUUCAGCGGCCCUGGCCCCCGGAGCCGCGGGAUGUCAUCUGUGACAUGCCUGGAAACCCCAGCUCAUCCCUCAACUGUCCGGUUACAGCAGCAUCUCCGUCAUGUUGCACUUCCAGUCUGUCACUGGCAUGGGUUCACGCUCCUCUCCCGGGAAGCCUGCUCGCUUUUGCUGAGGACUGUGUUUUUAUUUUUAACACAGAGUCCUUUACAUCAGCGGCACUGAGGGUUUCUUUUGCAGGAUGGGAUUCUGCCGUAGGAGGGAACGGCUGGGGAUCCUACACCAAAUGUGCCUGCAUGUGCUAAGAGGGGAGCUGUGCAUUAAAGC